GUGUCAUACUCUUACUUGCAUUACAUUGGAAGAGCAUCGUCACACGACUUCUUUUUUUUUUUGUCAUCUGUUGUUAUAUUGAUUCGAAACUGGUUAAGCCAAAAGGCAAGUUACAAAGGCUGUCGUAAUGAAACGACACCAUAAUCUAGAGCGGGCAGUUAAGAGACACAACCCGAGCCAUAAGCCGGCAACUGCACAAAUACAAUCCCGGAGACAAAAUCAAACUACCAUACACGGACUACAAGAACAUAGCUAAUAACAUAAGAAGCCAAAACACAACCAAUCUAGAUAAGAAUCAAACUCCGCCAUAGAAAGAACAAACCGGAUCGAUAGUUUAUGGAUAACCGUUGCUGUAGAAUAUGUCUCAUAAGCGCUUCUGCCCCACCGCCUCCCUUCAGAUCCAACUUAAACUCGCCAUUGACCUCUGUAGAAGCUCACCACGCGCCGUCUACGCGUCUCAACACCAUAGCGGAGCCAACCAAGCCUUACUCGAAGCAUACUCUUACUCAAACCAGCCGGUAAUUAUAAAUCCAUCACCACAAACCGUAGAUCUGAAGAGAUCGAGGUCCAUGGAUUCCGAUUUGAGACUCUCCGCUUCAACACGAAUGAAUGAAGCUUCCGACCAGAUCUGAAACCCUUUAGAUUAAUAAGCAAACCAUAAACAAGACUGAAACAAGAAGAAAAAGGGGAUCCACCCUCUCACAGUACCAACGGCCGGGGCCAUCGACCGGAGAAGGUGAAAAGACGGUGACUUUCAACUUCUCUCUCUUGUCGCCGUUCUUCUUUGUGUUGCCUUUUUUGUGUCUAUACUUGAAUCCGCCGUAUACGUAACGGAAAGCAUCUCGAUCCGCUAACAUGGCCCCGCCGGUAGGACAAACGGCGGCGGUAGCAGAAGCUGCUGGCGGCGGCGAUGCUCAGCCGCAACAGCAGCAGCAGCAGAGAGGGUUUGGCUCAACGGUAUCCGGAAUAAUAAGGAUCGCAGUGUUCUGGUACUUUGCUUCGAAGUUCUUUUCGCCUAAGCAGAAACCGAUGGAUCCUUCUCAGCCUCAUCACCUCAUGACCAAUCUCUUCCACAAGGGCGAAUCAUUGGAUAUGUGGUUUUAUCUAUCAGAGCAAGAGAAGUUCAGUGACUUUAGCAACGAAGGUGCGCUCUAUUGGCACGAGACGAAUAUACCUUAUGCUGUGUGGACACCAGAGAGUAUCAGGACUCGAUCACUCAAGUAUUAUCCAUCUGAGACUUUGCAGAAUAAUGGAAGUCUCUAUGCUCAUGUCUUCUUUGCUCGAUCUGGAUUCCCUAUAGACCCCAGUGAUCCUGAGUACCAACCUCUUAAUAGCUUUGGCAGGACUCACCCUGUUGCGACUUACUUUCCAAAGCGAAAAGCAAAUAAGAAGAAGAGCCUCCUAGGUAAUGCUAAAGACUCUGAUGAAUCCCAGCCAGAACCUGAGAAACUUGGUGAUAAGAACUCAGAAGUCAAGGAAGAAGUCCCUGUGGAAUGGGUAUCCCUCUGGAAACCCAAUGUCACGAUUAACCUGGUCGAUGAUUUUACUCACUAUUCACAGAGUGGUGUACCACCAAACAUUGCACCCCACUUGCUGGUAGAACCUAGCACGGGAAAUUACUAUCCUACGAUUUACUUCAAUGAGUUUUGGCUGCUAAGGGACAAGAUGAUUCCAAUGAAUGAGACAGUCUCAGAAGUACCACUUGAACUUGAAAUAAGCCCCAUAAGCAUGAUGAAGUGGCAACUGUUUCAGCAAGUUGAUCAGUCUUUCCAGAUGCAGCGUAGCUAUGGAAGCAUGCUUGAUGGUGAAUCUGACGAACUAAAGAGAGUUUUUCUGGAAGGAAAUCCCUAUCUGUUGGGCAUCACGAUGUUUGUUUCGAUGCUUCAUUCUGUGUUCGACUUCUUGGCAUUUAAAAAUGAUAUCCAAUUCUGGAACAAAAACAAAUCUAUGGAAGGACUGUCUGCAAAGUCUGUUGUACUGAACUUUAUCUGUCAGUUUGUCAUCUUCCUCUACCUUCUUGACAACGACACUUCAUGGAUGAUACUGGCCAGUUCCGGAGUUGGUGUCUGCAUUGAAUUCUGGAAAAUAGGGAAGGCUAUGCGCAUAGAGGUUGAUCGAAGUGGAAUGAUUCCAAGGUUGAGGUUCCACGACCGUGAAUCAUAUGCAAGCAAUAAAACCAAGGAGUAUGAUGACAUUGCCAUCAAGUUCUUAUCCUAUGUGCUUCUCCUCCUUGUCGUGGGAUUAUCCAUAUAUUCUCUGGCUUACGAACGUCACAAGAGCUGGUAUUCGUGGAUCUUGUCUUCACUUACAAGCUGCGUCUACAUGUUCGGUUUCAUCAUGAUGUGUCCUCAGCUAUUCAUCAACUAUAAACUAAAAUCAGUGGCACAUCUACCAUGGAGGCAGAUGACUUACAAGUUCCUCAACACCAUUAUCGAUGAUCUAUUUGCCUUUGUCAUCAAAAUGCCGAUUCUGCAUCGGCUUUCUGUAUUCCGAGAUGAUGUGAUAUUCUUGAUAUACUUAUACCAAAGGUGGGUCUACCCUGUCGACAAGACACGUGUUAACGAGUUUGGUUUUGGAGGUGAGGAUGAAACUGCAGAGAAGAAGUUGAUCACUGAGAAAGAAGAAGAAGACAACAAGAAAACAAACUAAGCUCUUCCUUUUACUUAUGUGAUAGUUUUAUAGUUUCUUAAUUUGUUUUUGUUUUUGUUUUUGCCUUCACGUAAUGUUAACUUUCGAGAAACAUUAUAAGAAAACUCAUGUUUUGAUUGUUUUGUUUUAAGUUAUUAAUGUCAAACUACCAAAUUUCAGUAAAAAAAUAAGUUUAGCCA